AAUUUAAGCGUUGGGCCGCUUUGGCUAUUCGUAAAAAAUCUUUUGGUCGCCAACACGGGAUUAGGGUUAGCAGGUUAGGGGGAUAUGGGAAAGAAUCUUAUCCUUCGAAGUUAUUAUGUGGUCGCCCGCAAUUACAAUCGUAUAUGAAGUCACAUGACAUGUGA